CUUCGUCUUUCCUUUCUUACACAAAAACCAGUCCCAACAAAACAUGACGACCCCUUCAUCGUAUUUGACGAUGUCCUCCAUUUUCUUCUUCCUCUUCAUCUCAUUUUUCGGGCAAACAUAUGCUUCCGACAUGUCGAUUAUAACCUACGACGAAACCAACGGCUUAUUGUUGCGGUCUCACGAUGAGGCGUUGUCCAUGUACGAAUCAUGGCUAGUGAAGCACGGAAAGUCAUACAACGGUUUGGGGGAAAAGGAUAAGAGGUUCGAGAUCUUUAAGGAUAAUUUAAGGUACAUAGAUGAGCAGAACAACGUGGCAAAUCGGACCUAUAAACUGGGUCUGAACCGGUUCGCUGAUCUGACCAAUGAGGAGUACCGGUCCAUGUAUUUGGGUACCAAAACCGACCGUAGACAGCGGUUUUCGAAGACGAAGAGUGAUCGGUAUACUCCGAAAGAUGGAGACAGCUUGCCGGACUCCGUUGACUGGAGAGAGAAAGGCGCCGUUGCUCCGGUGAAAGAUCAAGGCAGCUGUGGUAGUUGCUGGGCGUUUUCAACUAUUGUUGCUGUGGAAGGAAUAAACAAGAUCGAGACCGGUUCUCUGAUCUCACUGUCGGAGCAAGAGCUGGUGGAUUGUGAUACAUCCGUCAAUGAAGGAUGUAAUGGUGGUCUAAUGGACUAUGCAUUUGACUUUAUUAUCAAGAAUGGAGGCAUUGACACUGAAGAAGAUUAUCCCUACACUGGCAGGGAUGGGAAAUGCGACACAUAUCGGAAAAAUGCCAAGGUUGUGUCCAUUGAUGGUUAUGAAGAUGUGACUCCAUACAAUGAGAAGGCAUUGCAGAAAGCAGCUGCAAACCAGCCAAUUAGUGUUGCAGUCGAAGGUGGUGGGAGAGACUUCCAAUUAUAUGAAUCGGGUAUAUUCUCGGGGAAGUGUGGCGUUGAGCUCGACCAUGGUGUGGCUGUUGUUGGAUAUGGAAGCGAAAACGGUGUUGAUUAUUGGAUAGUGAGGAACUCAUGGGGUCCGAGUUGGGGAGAGAAGGGAUACCUUAGAAUGCAGCGUAACGUGAGAGCAAAAUCUGGUCUCUGUGGUAUUGCAAUAGAGCCAUCUUACCCAACAAAGACGGGCCAAAAUCCUCCCAAACCCGCUCCAUCUCCUCCAUCGCCGGUCACACCACCCACAGCUUGUGAUGAAUACUCUGCGUGUCCUGCGAGCACUACCUGCUGCUGUGUCUAUGAACUUUACGGUGGCGCCUGCUAUGUUUGGGGAUGCUGCCCUCUCGAGGGUGCAACCUGCUGUGAAGAUCAAUCCAGUUGCUGCCCCCAUGAUCAUCCGGUGUGCAACGUCAGGGCAGGCACCUGUUCAGCGAGCAAGAACAACCCACUUGGAGUGGAGGCCAUGAAACAUAUUCUUGCCCAGCCAAUCGGGACUUUUGGGAGUGAAGGCAAGAGGAGCAGUUCUUGAGCGACUACAUGACGAUGUGAACUGGCCAGUGAGGAAAGCAAAACGCAAAUUUGUCAAUGACUGAAUUGUUUUAGUUGUUUGCAUUGCAAUCCUCAUUUAGUCAUUGGAGAUUGCGAGGCAAAAGGAUAAUGAAAUUUAAGUUUAUGAUUUGCUUUGUCCAUGCUAAUGUUCUGUAUUUGUAAUAUUGCAUUCCACACAAAACUGAUUGUUCUGAGUUCUCUGAUUAUGCAAACAAUUCUCCAUUUUCAUUAAUGAACAAGAAGUUACAUCAGUUAAAUUAGCUCA